CCAGGCAGUAGCUCUGCCCCUCCUCUCCUCUCCCUCCCAACUAGCUGUGGGGGGAGCUAGUGCUGCAGGUCCCCCCCACCCCUCCCCAUCCAGGCCCCAUAAAUAGCAGUGGAGCCAGAGCCAGAGCCAGCGCCAGCGGCUGGAGCAACAAGGGAGUCAGAACUGAGAGCCGGAGUAAGAAGGCCCCCAACUAGGACCCAGGAGCCUGAAGCAGCUCUCUGCAGGAACGGGGGUCCCUUCUGCCUGAACCCCCACAGCUCACCACCCAAAUCCUUCCAGAAGUGACAUGUCAGACCCCGAGAUGGCAUGGGUGCCUGAGCCCCCGACCAUGACGCUGGGGGCCUCCAGAGUAGAGCUACGGGUAUCCUGCCAUGGCCUCCUAGACCGGGACACCCUCACCAAGCCCCACCCAUGCGUGCUGCUCAAGCUGUACUCGGAGGAGCAGUGGGUGGAGGUGGAACGCACAGAGGUCCUGCGCUCCUGCUCCAGCCCCGUUUUCUCCCGAGUGCUGGCCCUCGAGUACUUCUUUGAGGAGAAGCAGCCCCUGCAGUUCCACGUGUUCGAUGCUGAGGAUGGAGCCACCAGCCCCCGCAAUGACACUUUCCUGGGCUCCACAGAGUGCACCCUGGGCCAGAUUGUGUCGCAGACCAAGGUCACUAAGCCGCUGCUGCUCAAGAACGGGAAAACCGCUGGCAAGUCCACCAUCACGAUUGUGGCUGAAGAAGUGUCAGGCACCAAUGACUAUGUGCAACUUAUCUUCAGAGCCCACAAGCUAGACAACAAGGACCUGUUCAGCAAGUCUGACCCUUUCAUGGAGAUAUAUAAGACCAACGGGGACCAGAGUGACCAGCUGGUCUGGAGGACCGAGGUGGUGAAGAACAACCUGAACCCCACCUGGGAGCCGUUCCGCCUGUCCCUACACUCCCUAUGCAGCUGUGACAUCCACCGGCCGCUCAAGUUCCUAGUGUAUGACUAUGACUCCAGCGGGAAGCAUGACUUCAUUGGGGAGUUCACCAGCACUUUCCAGGAGAUGCGAGACGGGACGGCCAGCCCUGGGCAGGAGAUGCAGUGGGACUGUAUCAACCCCAAGUACCGGGACAAGAAGAAGAACUAUAAGAACUCAGGGAGUGUGGUGCUGGCACAGUGCACGGUGGAAAAGGUGCACACCUUCCUGGAUUACAUCAUGGGUGGCUGCCAGAUCAGCUUCACGGUGGCCAUCGACUUCACCGCCUCCAACGGGGACCCCAGGGGCAGCCAGUCACUGCACUGCCUCAGCCCCCGCCAGCCCAACCACUACCUGCAGGCCCUGCGGACUGUGGGGGGCAUCUGCCAGGACUAUGACAGUGACAAGCGGUUCCCAGCAUUCGGCUUCGGGGCUCGGAUUCCCCCCAACUUUGAGGUGUCCCAUGAUUUUGCUAUCAACUUUGACCCAGAAAAUCCUGAAUGUGAAGAGAUCUCAGGGGUCAUCGCAUCCUAUCGUCGAUGCCUGCCCCAGAUCCAGCUGUACGGCCCCACCAAUGUGGCCCCCAUCAUCAACCGCGUGGCUGGCCCGGCGCAGAGAGAGCAGAGCACUGGCCAGGCCACGAAGUACUCAGUGCUGCUGGUGCUCACAGACGGUGUGGUGAGCGACAUGGCCGAGACGCGCUCUGCCAUUGUGCGUGCCUCCCGCCUACCCAUGUCCAUCAUCAUCGUGGGCGUGGGCAACGCGGACUUCUCCGACAUGCGGCUGCUGGAUGGCGACGAUGGGCCCCUGCGCUGCCCCAAGGGGGUGCCUGCAGCCCGAGACAUUGUCCAGUUCGUCCCUUUCCGAGACUUCAAGGAUGCUGCCCCCUCGGCGCUAGCCAAGUGUGUCCUGGCAGAGGUGCCACGCCAAGUGGUGGAGUACUAUGCCAGUCAGGGCAUCAGUCCCGGCGCUCCCAGGCCCAGCACGCCCGCCACGACCCCCAGCCCCAGCCCGUAACUGCUGCCUACUGGACUCACCUGCUCAACGCCUGUCAGUGAGUCCUGCGCCCCAUGAGCUGGGCACCAGGGGGCCCAAGGUUGGGUGUGAUGGGGCCAUUCUUCACUAGAGGUGACAUGGGGUGCUCAUGACAACCCCACCCUCCCCCAGGUGCCUGUCCUGACCCUUGUGACACAUGGCCCCUGGGUCCUGGAAGUGUGUGGUGAGCACUGCCCCCCUCCUUCUCCCCAAGCCCUAAGCCCUGCAGCCUUGUGGCCCCUUGUUGACUUUCUUCAUCCAGCCCGACUUCCUGGCCAUUAAUAAAGGGAAGCACACCGA